GUCGAUGUGUUUCGAAGAAGCGCGCAGUUGGACGUCGCGCGUCACGCUCUGCGCAUUGUUUUGACACACCUGUGACUCUUCUCUAAAAUUCUGCGCUUCUCUACCAUUCUUCAGGCUCUGCUGUCUCGCACUGGUACUGGCGCACGAUGACGCUGUUACCACCGACGGCUGAGCAACAGAAACGCAUCGACGAGGAAGUUCCGCCUAAUCCUGAGAUGAGGAGACGCGACGUCGCGGCGAUACGCGAGUGGCUCUCGAAACAGCCUCAUCUACCUAAUCACAUGGAUGACGCGAGACUCGAGAGGUUCCUGUUUGGAUGCAAGAACAGCAUCGAGAGAUGCAAAUUAAUUUUGGAACGAUACUUCAGCGUGCGUACAGCCAUACCAGAAUUCUUCUCUCUGCGUGACCCAUUCUCACGGGACAUUCAAGAAUGCUGCGAAGCCAUACACUAUUUCGUUCUGCCAUCCUUGACGGAGGACGGACACCGCGUAACAGUCCUACGCCUGCGAAACACCUCCAUAGAGAAUUUCUCCAUUCAAUCGAUUUCCAAACGCAUCCUUAUGGUCCUGGACGCCCGGUUGAUGGAGGAACGUUGCCUCUCCAACAUCAUGGUCAUCGAUCUCGAGGGUUUCAGCGUAGUCCAUUUUACGAAGUGCAGCCCAACGCAGAGCGUCGUGAGAAAAUCGAUGAUGACGGUGCAGGACAGCAUGCCCCUGCGACUGCACAGAGUCCAUUUUCUUCACGCGCCGGCGUUCAUCGAGAGCAUCCUGAAUAUAUUCUAUCCCCUUCUUAAAGACAAACUCGUCGAAAAGUUUCGUGUGCACACUGGUGGCGGAGAGGAGUUAUAUUCCUAUAUGGACAAGGAUAUGCUUCCGAAGGAAUGGGGAGGCAAAGCGGGCAGCUUCGACGAGUUGAAUGACGCGUGGAAGAAGAAGAUCGAAAAGAACAGAGACUGGUACCUACGAGAAGAGAAACUCAGUCGAACGGACGAAAGCGCUAGACUACCGGAAUCUAAAUCCAGACUGCUGGUGGAAUUAGAAGGAAUGCAGGGCUCCUUUAGAAAACUCAACAUCGAUUAGUAGAUUCGUCUACGUAACGAAUUUCCUUUUUUGUUUUUCUUUUAUCUAAUAGCGUAUCGAAUAAGCGCGCGCCUUUACCGUUUCCGUAUCGUUUCCGAUGUUAUCGAUUCAGGCUAGAGUAGACUAUCAACGCUACCAGCGGUGAGAAUUGAAACUAAGUAUGUUUAAACUUCCGAUUUUUCGCGGGAACCGGCUACGCUUCGUUACUUUCCCUCUUUAUACGUCGAAAGAUAAACGUACUUCUAAGAAUAUAAAGAAAAG